AGGAUGAAGCUGCUUUGCCUGACCGCCUGCGCCCUCUGGGUCCUCUGCGCCCUGGAUCACGUGGACUCCUCCGCCUACGACAAGAUAGUGGCACACAGCCGCAUCCGGGCCAGGAAAGAGGGGCCCAACGUGUGCGCCCUGCAGCAGGUGAUGGGCACCAAGAAGAAGUACUUCAGCACCUGCCGCAACUGGUACAAGGGCUCCAUCUGUGGCAGGAAGGCGACGGUGCUGUACGAGUGCUGCCCCGGGUACAUGAAGCUGGACAAUCUGCCCGGCUGCCCUGCAGUGGCCCCCAUAGACCACGUUUACGGCACCCUGGCUCUGGUGAAGGCCAGCUCCACUCAGAACUACGCAGACACCUCCAAACUGAGACCCGAGAUCGAAGGACCGGGCUCUUUCACCUUCUUCGCCCCGAGCAACGACGCCUGGGACCUACUGGAUUCUGAGGUCAGGAAUAAUCUGGUGAGCAACGUGAACAUCGAGCUGUACAACGCCCUGCACUACCACAUGGCCAACAAGCGCUUCCUGACCAAGGACCUGAAGGACGGCAUGACCAUCAACUCCAUGUACCAAGACCUGGGCCUCCACAUCAACCACUAUCCCAACGGGGUGGUGACGGUGAACUGUGCCAGGAUCAUCCACGGGAACCAGGUGGCCACAAACGGAGUGGUGCACGUGAUCGACAGAGUGAUCCAGGCCGCAGGCAACACCAUCCAGUCCUAUGUGGAGGUGGACGAUGAACUCACCACCCUCAGUGACAUCCUUCAAAACGCAGAGUUGAUGGAGAAACUCGGCGAGAAAGGGCAGUUCACUCUCUUCGCUCCUACUAACGCCGCUUUCGAGCAGAUGGGCAUCGAGACACUGGAACGUCUUCAGGACAACAAAGAGGCUCUCCAGGCUCUCGUGAAGUACCACCUCCUGAACUCGGUGCAGUGCUCGGAGGCCAUCAUGUCCGGCACGUCCUACGAGACCAUGGAGGGCACCAACAUCGCCAUCGGCUGCGACGGAGAGAGUCUCACCGUCAACGGAGUCAAGAUGGUGCUGAAGAAGGACAUCGUCACCAGCAACGGAGUCAUCCACCUCAUCGACAAAGUGCUCGUGCCCGACUCAGCCAAGCAGGUUAUGGAGCUGGUGGGUUCGUCUCAGUCCACGUUCGGGGACAUGGUGUCGGAGCUGGGCCUGGCUGCAGAAAUGAAAGCAGGGACCGAGUACACUCUGCUGGCCCCCUCCAACGCAGCUUUCACUGAUGAGGUGAUGUCCAUAGACCAGAGCAUGCUCAGGCUCAUCCUGGAGAACCACAUCCUGAAGAACAAGUUCACCCUGGGGCAGCUGUACAACGGCCAGCUCCUGGAGACUCUGGGGGGCAAAUUACUCCGCGUCUUCAUCUACCGCACUGCCGUGUGCAUCGAGAACUCCUGUCUGAUCCGAGGCAGCAGGGAGGGAAGCAACGGGGCUCUCCACUCCAUGGUAACUUUCCUCAAGCCCCCGGAAAGUUCCAUGUACCAGAUCCUGACCGAAGACGGCGGGUUCAAGAUCUUCCUGUCUCUGAUGGAGGCUGCCGGUCUGACUGAUCUGCUCAAACAGGAGGGAGAGUUCACCCUGUUCGCCCCCAGUGAUAAGGCCUUCGCUGGCUUGAGCAGCAGAGACUUGGCCCUGCUUAAGAAGGACGUGAACGCCCUCAGAACCAUCCUCCUGUAUCACUUCAACAAUGGCGCGUACAUCGGGGGAGGUCUGGAGAUGGGCGUGACCAACCUGCUCAAGUCCCUCCAGGGCAGCAACCUCCGGGUCAUCGCGACCAACAGCAGCGUCUCUGUGAACUCUGUGCCUGUGGGAGACGGUGAUGUCAUGGCCACCAACGGAGUCAUUCACUACGUCGACAAAGUUCUCUAUCCUGCAGAUAUGCCUGUUGGAAGCGAGGAUCUCAUUUCUCUGCUGAGACGUUUCAUCACAUACAUGGAGUUUAAGUUCAGUCCAGGUUUCAGGUACCAGGAAAUCCCCCUUACCUUUCUGAGGAGGAUCGUCACUCGAGUUGAGACAGUUCCAGAAAGAAAAGUGACACGGGUGAUCGAGAAGCCCUCCGUCACCAAGGUCACCAGGGUCAUCGAAGGAGAGGCCCCCAUCACCAAGGUCACCAGGGUCAUCGAUGGUCAACCCAGCAUCACCAAGGUAACGAGAGUCAUUGAGGGAGAGGCCCCCAUCACCAAAGUCACCAGGGUGAUCGAAGGACAGGGUCCCGUCACCAAAGUCACCCGGGUGAUCGAAGGAGAGGGUCCCAUCACCAAAGUCACCCGGGUCGUCUCAGGUCCUCAGUUCUCGUACAGCUCCGGAACCACCAACCUCGAGCUGGAAAACCUAUCCCGUAUCGAAGGGAACCCCGAAACACUCACCAAAAUCAUCACAGGUGAUCGAAGGAGACCUGGCAAAAAACGUAUAGCUGGAAGAACACAAGGCAGGAACUAACCACCAACAGAUGAGAGCGUUUGGAAGGGGAGGACGUACGUGAAACCCAAUGGGAGCUUUGUACAGGGCUGUUCAAAGUCGUUACUGACAAACAAUCUUUUUUUUUUUUAUCAACUUAUGGUGCUUCCAAUGUAUAGAGAAAAUUGUACUGUGCAAUAACGAAACGAAACAAAUGAGCGUUCUUCUUUUUUUUUUCUGUUUUUUUGUUUUUGUUUUAGUUUUGGCUUGUUUCUAAAGGCAUAAAGCGCGUUCAAUAGCAAUAAAAUGUUUCUCCUGCUAGCUAUUAACGCAGUCAUAAAAGCAGAAUUUCCCACUUUUAUUACGUUUGCGAGAUGGUAACUGUAAACAGAGGAUUUGGCUGUCUCUUAAAGAUCGUUGUGAAAUGUGUAUUAUAUAAACGUUUGGAAAGGACUGGAAAGUGAAUUGUUGCUUAAACGUGGCUUAAGGUUGUUUUUUUUAACUCUUUUUUUUUUUUUUUUUCCUUGAAGAUUGUAUCCCGCAGCAGGUUUUGUCAGUUUAGUAUCUACCAACUACCGUUUUUUUAUUUUUUUUUUAGUUUCUGGUGUAGUUUUAUACGAGUUUCGACCGCUUCUACAGUGUGUUACGUCAUGUUGGGUAGAGCGCCUUUGUGAGUGAUCUAAUAAAGGGUUUGGGCUCUG